AUGGACAUGCAGGACAAGACGCAGCCCGGCGAGGUCGACCUCGUCACCCGGAUGCAGGUGGACGAGUCGGUCGUGGGCACUACGGAAAUCGAUGAGUCACUCUACAGCCGGCAGCUCUACGUGCUGGGCCACGAGGCCAUGAAGCGCAUGAGCGCGUCCAACGUGCUCAUCGUCGGCCUCAAGGGUCUCGGUGUCGAGAUUGCCAAAAACGUCGCCCUUGCUGGUGUCAAGAGCCUCACCCUUCACGAUCCGGCGCCGGUCGCCAUCGCGGACCUCUCUUCCCAGUUCUUCCUCCGCCCCGACGACGUCGGCAAGCCGCGCGAUCAGGUCACGGCGCCCCGCGUCGCCGAGCUCAAUGCGUACACGCCUGUUCGCAUUCACGAGACUCCAAGUCUCGGAGAGAACCUGUCACAGUUCGAUAAGUAUCAAGUCGUUGUCCUCACUAAUACGCCACUCCUUCUCCAACAAAUCGUCGGCGACUACUGCCACGAGAAGGGCAUCUAUUUCAUCGCUGCCGACACCUUUGGCCUCUUCGGUUCUGUCUUUUGCGACUUUGGCAAGAACUUCACCGUCAUUGAUGCAACGGGUGAGAACCCGGUGAAUGGUAUCGUUGCUGGUAUCGAUGAAGAAGGUGUAGUCUCUGCGCUCGACGAAACCCGGCACGGUCUCGAGGACGGAGACUAUGUCACAUUCUCGGAAGUCGAGGGUAUGGAAGGUCUCAAUGGCUGCGAACCCCGGAAGGUUACAGUCAAAGGGCCGUACACAUUCUCGAUUGGCGAUGUGUCCGGGUUAGGCCAGUACAAGCGGGGAGGACUAUACCAGCAAGUUAAGAUGCCCAAGUUCAUCGACUUCAAGGGCAUCUCUGCUGCUCUAAAGGAUCCCGAGUUCGUCAUCUCGGACUUCGCCAAGUUCGAUCGUCCGCAGCAGCUCCACAUCGGCUUCCAGGCUCUGCACGCCUUCCUCCAGACCCACGGCCGUCUUCCUAGACCGAUGAACGAGGAGGAUGCGCUUGUCAUUCUCAACUCGGCCAAGAAGUUCGCAGAAGCCGAGGGCAUUGAGGUCGAGUUCGACGAGAAGCUUCUCAAGGAGCUCAGCUACCAGGCGACGGGCGAUAUCAGCGGCGUGGCGGCGUUUUUCGGUGGGCUCGUUGCGCAGGAAGUGCUCAAAGCCGUGUCGGGCAAGUUCCACCCCAUCAAACAGUUCAUGUACUUUGACUCGCUCGAAUCGCUCCCGACGUCGUGCACUCGCUCAGAGGAGCUGUGUAAGCCCACUGGCUCGCGCUAUGAUGGGCAGAUUGCCGUCUUCGGCCGCGAGUUCCAGGACAAGAUCGCAAACAUGCGGCAGUUCUUGGUCGGCUCCGGAGCGAUUGGCUGCGAGAUGCUCAAGAAUUGGGCAAUGAUGGGUCUCGGAACUGGUCCCAACGGCCGGAUCACGGUGACCGACAAUGACCAGAUCGAGAAGAGCAACCUGAACAGGCAGUUCCUCUUCCGCCCCAAGGACGUGGGCCAGAUGAAGAGCGAGGUUGCGGCGAAGGCCGUGCAGGCCAUGAACCCCGAUCUCAACGGCAAGAUCGUUUCGUUGAAGGACCGGGUCGGCCCAGAGACGGAACACAUCUUCAACGAGGACUUCUGGAACAGCCUGGAUGGCGUGACGAAUGCCCUGGACAACGUCGAGGCGAGGACAUAUGUCGAUAGGAGAUGUGUGUUCUUCCACAAGCCUCUCCUGGAGAGCGGCACACUCGGAACCAAGGGCAACACCCAAGUGGUCCUUCCUAUGAUUACCGAGUCGUACUCUUCGUCACAGGACCCGCCAGAGCAGUCUUUCCCCAUGUGCACUCUCCGCAGCUUCCCGAACAGGAUCGAACACACGAUCGCGUGGGCGCGGGAGCUGUUCGAGAGCUCCUUCGUGAAGCCGGCUGAGACAGUGAACCUCUACCUCACACAGCCCAACUACCUAGAGACGACGCUGAAGCAGGGCGGCAACGAGAAGGCAACGCUGGAGAUGCUGGUGGAUUUCCUGAGGAAUGAGCGGGCCCUCUCGUUCGAGGACUGCGUUCAGUGGGCUCGCAUGUUGUUCGAGAAGCAGUAUAACAAUGCCAUUCAGCAACUCCUCUACAACUUCCCCAAGGACGCCGUUUCCUCUACGGGGACACCCUUCUGGUCCGGCCCCAAACGGGCGCCGGAUCCGCUCAAGUUCGACCCUUCCAACCCGACGCACUUCUCCUUCAUCGAAGCGGCCGCGAACCUGCAUGCCUUCAACUACAAUAUUAACGUUAAGGGGAAGACUAAGCAGGACUAUCUGCAGGCCUUGGAGUUGGUGCUCGUUCCGGAUUUCUCGCCAGACGAGAACGUUAAGAUCCAAGCUGAUGACAAGGACCCGGACCCGAACGCUGGCACCAGUGCUUUCGAUGACACGGAGGAGCUGCAGAGGCUGAUCAACCAGCUGCCGGAACCCAAGACACUGGCGGGAUUCAAGCUCACGCCGGUAGAGUUCGAGAAGGAUGACGAUACAAAUUACCACAUCGACUUCAUCACGGCGGCCAGCAACCUGCGGGCCGAGAACUACAAGAUCGACCCGGCGGACCGGCACAAGACCAAGUUCAUUGCGGGUAAGAUCAUUCCUGCCAUCGCCACGACGACGGCGCUGGUCACCGGGCUGGUGGUCCUGGAGCUGUACAAGAUCGUCGACGGCAAGAAGGACAUCACGCAGUACAAGAACGGCUUCGUCAACAUGGCGCUGCCCUUCUUCGGCUUCAGCGAACCGAUGCCCAGCCCCAAGGUCGAGUACCAGGGUCCCAACGGCAAGGUGACGCUGGACAAGAUCUGGGACCGGUUCGAGGUGGGCAACAUCACACUGCGGGAGCUGAUCGACGACUUCGAGAAGCGCGGCCUCACCAUCGCCAUGCUGAGCUCCGGCGUCAGCUUGCUGUUUGCCGCCUUCUUCCCGCCGGCUAAGCAGAAGGACAAGUUCGGCAUGCGGCUGAGCGAGCUGGUCGAGACGGUCAGCAAGAGGCCCAUCCCGUCGCACCAGUCGGAGCUCAUCUUUGAGGUGGUCGUCGAGGAUGCGAACGGCGAGGACGUCGAGGUGCCGUACAUCAAGGCGAAGAUUCGGUAA